AUUCGCAAUACCCUCUCUCUCUAUGGCGGCACCAACUUCUCUGAUCUCUUCAGUCGCGAAAAGAGGCUGGAAGGCAAAGUAGCGCUGAUCACCGGCGGUGCCAGCGGGAUCGGCGAAUUCACCGCCAGAGUGUUCGCCCACCACGGCGCCAAAGUCGUGAUCGCCGACAUCCAAGACGACCUUGGCCAAUCCGUGGUCGCCGACACGCUGGGCCGCUCCAAUUCCACCUACGUCCGCUGCGACGUCACCGACGAGGCCCAGGUCAAGGACGCCGUCGACAAGGCCGUCUCCACCUACGGCAAGCUCGACAUCAUGUUCAACAACGCCGGCAUCUCCGACCCGAACAAGCCCCGCAUCGUCGACAACGAGAAGGCCGACUUCGACCGCGUCCUGAGCGUCAACGUCACGGGCGUGUUCCUCGGGAUGAAGCACGCCGCCCGGGUCAUGAUCCCGCGCCGCUCGGGUGCCAUCAUCUCCACCGCCAGCAUCAGCUGCGCCAUGGGCGGUGCGGCCUCGCACGCCUACUGCAGCGCCAAACACGCCGUGCUCGGGCUGACAAGGAACGCCGCCGUCGAGCUGGGCCAGUUCGGGAUCCGGGUGAACUGCCUGGCGCCGUACGCGAUGGCGACGCCGCUGGCGACGAAGUUUGUCGGGCUGCCGGACGAGGAGCUGGAAGGGGCGAUGAAUGCUCUGGCGAAUUUGAAAGGGGUGACGCUGAAAACAGAGGAUGUGGCCAAUGCGGCUCUGUUUUUGGCGAGUGACGAGGGGAGGUAUGUGAGCGGGCAUAGUUUGGUUGUGGAUGGUGGGUUUAGUGUGCACAAUACUGCGUUUAGGAUUUUCAAUUACCCCGAAGAUGGAUCCUCUUCCUGAUUAUCGAUUCUCAAAUGGGUCGAUCUGGAUUGAAUUGAGUUACUCUGUUUUCGUUGGUUGCGGUUGUUUGGUUCUGUUUUGACACUGAAGAAGGGGGAAAAAAAGGGUUGGUUUCCCAGCUUGAUCAAUAUUGAUUCAGCCAGAGAUUGCUAUUAACACAAAACUGUUUCCCUGGUGUGAAUUUCGUGGUUAGAUUAUGCUCAAAGGAAACGAUUAUU